AUGGUUCUCCACAACCCCAACAACUGGCACUGGGUCAAUAAGGAUGCCUCCGCCUGGGCUAAGAACUACCUGAAAGAAAAACUCUGCGCCCUCUCCGCAGAGGAGAAUGGCGUGACUGCCAAGAUCUCCAGCCUACUGACGAUGGAUGGCGACGUAGAUGUCAGCCAGAGAAAGGGCAAGGUCAUCACCUUGUUCGACGUCAAGCUCCAGCUAGAGUACGAAGGUAAGAACAAGGAUGAGGAGUCGGUCUCGGGUACCAUUACCAUCCCCGAGGUGGCCCACGACACCGAGGAGGACGAGUUUGUUUUUGAGAUUGAAAACUACUCCGAUUCCGCUUCGAAGCAGCCCGUGAAGGACCUGGUUCGGUCGAAACUCGUGCCCCAACUGCGACAGGAGCUGUCUAAGCUUGGUCCCGCUUUGAUUGCGGAACACGGCAAAGACCUCCAGCAUGCCCCUGGUGUCAACCCGUCGAGCGGGUUCGCGACUCCCACCUACCAUCCUCAGACCAAGAAAGAGUCUGCUGCUCCCAAGCCCACCACGACGACGACGAGCGGCAAGGUAGCGGUCAACACCACCACUGUUACCGCCUCCGAUGAGUUCCGCACGACCGCUGAGGAACUGUACAACACCUUCACUGAUCCCCAGCGGAUUGCCGCUUUCACUCGCGCCGCGCCUCGCCAGUUCGAGGGCGCCCAGGUCGGAGGCAAGUUCGCCAUCUUCGAUGGCAAUGUGACCGGCGAAUUCACCAAGCUCGAUAAGCCUAAGCAGAUCGUCCAGAAGUGGCGCCUGGCCCAGUGGCCUGAGGGACACUUCAGUUCUCUGGAGAUCAACUUCGACCAGAACGAUGUCGAUGGAGUUACCCAGAUGCGGGUGACCUGGACUGGUGUUCCCGUUGGCCAGGAGGACGUCACCAAACAGAACUGGGACGUGUACUACAUUCGCAGCAUCAAGCAGACAUUCGGGUAUGUUCUUCCUGUCCAUCCUACCUAUCACCGCACCUGGUAG